GCAACAAAAAAAGUAGGUGGAAUAGAGAGCAAAGAAGAUGGAAUCUGCAAGUCUGCUGAAUAAGCAAGAAGAAGCAAGAACUCCUUCUUCUUUCACUUAUGGUGUUCUUCUCAGUACAUCCGUUGCUGUCGCUGGAUCAUUUUGUUAUGGCUGCGCCAUGUCCUAUACGUCGCCUGCCCAAUCCAAAAUCAUGGAAGAACUGGGACUUUCUGUGGCUGAUUAUUCGUUUUUCACUUCGCUAAUGACAUUGGGAGGAAUGAUUACGGCCGCGCUUAGCGGAAAAGUCGCUGCGCUCAUUGGUCGUCGACAAACAAUGUGGAUCUCAGAUAUUUUCUGCCUCUUUGGUUGGCUCUCUGUAGCGUUUGCACAUGAUGUUAUGCUACUAAAUAUUGGAAGACUCUUCUUGGGUUUCGGAGUUGGUCUCAUUAGUUAUGUGGUUCCUGUGUAUAUAGCAGAAAUUACACCAAAAACAUUUCGUGGAGGAUUCACUUUUACUAAUCAGCUUCUACAAUGUCUUGGAAUUUCGCUCAUGUUCUUCACCGGGAACUAUUUCCAUUGGCGAACAUUAGCUCUUUUAAGUGCAAUGCCAUGCGCUGUACAGCUGAUAGGUUUAUUUUUCAUCCCCGAGUCUCCUAGAUGGCUGGCAAUGUAUGGUCGAGAUCAAGAGCUUGAAGUUACAUUGAAGAGAUUGAGGGGAGAAAGAUUUGAUGUUCUCGAAGAAGCGGCAGAAAUCAGAGAAACAGUAGAAAUCUCUAGAAGAGAAUCUCAAAGUGGAGUAAAAGAUUUGUUCCAUAUGAGAAACGCACAACCAUUGAUCAUUGGAUUGGGACUAAUGCUUAUGCAACAAUUUUGUGGGAGUUCGGCAAUAAGUGCUUAUGCUGCUAGUAUUUUCGACAAAGCUGGUUUUCCAAUCGACAUUGGAACAACAAUCCUCGCAGCUGUUCUGGUACCACAGUCUGUGAUUGUCAUAUUAACCGUUGAUAGAUGGGGACGUCGACCACUUCUUCUGAUGUCUUCUAUUGGCAUGUGCAUAUGUUCAUUUUUAAUCGGCCUCUCUUACUAUCUUCAGAAACCUGGUGAAGUUCAGACGAUUUGUUCCGUUUUGUUAAUCGUCGGUAUAUUAGGUUAUGUCUCAUUCUUUUGCAUUGGUAUAGGUGGAUUACCAUGGGUAAUAAUGUCAGAGAUAUUCCCGGUUAAUGUUAAAAUAACUGCCGGUAGCCUUGUAACGGUAUCAAGCUGGUUUUUCAAUUGGGUCAUCAUUUAUAGUUUCAAUUUCAUGAUGCAAUGGAGCGCUUCAGGAACAUAUUUUAUAUUUUCGGGAGUUUCUUUGGUGACGAUUGUAUUCAUAUGGAUUUUGGUGCCUGAGACAAAAGGUCGAACACUCGAAGAGAUUCAAGCAUCACUAGUUCGAUUUUCAUAAAUAGAACCAUGAUAAACUGUUACAAAUUUUCUCAACAAUGUAACAUUGUUUUUAAACAAUUUGAUUAGUCCUUUAUAAUAUCUUCACCUUCGUUUCAUUUAAUC